GUGUCCCAGCAGUUCCAUUGUGCCUGCUGAUCGAGCUGCUGCUGGUCCCAGUCAGACUGACGGCCCUGGGAGAGGCUGAAGGAAUUGCUCACUGCCUCCAGGAGUCUGCCUCAGGAGUGAUGCUGUCUUUGUUUACAUUUGGAGAAACUGAAAACCUGCUGAGGAGUGAGAACUGAUUCUGGAAAAGUGAUGCAAGCACCUGCUCUGAUUAGCUUUUUUUGAAGGAGGCCACUUGAAAUAAAGAUCAUUCUGUGCAGGAAGUUUCCAUUAGACGGUAGAUAUUUCUGCUCCCAUGGACCAAGGUCUUGGCUUCAUGUUCUGUGUGAUUACAGCCUUGCUGUUCCUGAGAGAAUCAAGCCAGACAGGAGCCAGAAGGACUGGUGAUGCUGUGGGGAAGAACAUUGACUCAAGGGGACCAGAAGAGGGUCUUCCAACUUUGACUGUCACAACAAUCCCGGAGGAUCCUUAUGUCAUGGUGAGGAAUGCAGAGCUGGAGGGGUACUGCAUUGACCUGCUGAAAGCACUUUCUGGGAUGCUCCACUUCAGCUACAGGGUGAAGGUGGUGGGUGACGGGAAGUACGGAGCCGUCUCUGCCAGCGGGAACUGGACAGGGAUGAUUGGAGAGAUUCUGAGAAAGGAAGCAGACAUUGCAGUGGCUCCACUGACAGUCACAUCAGAAAGGGAAGAGGUGGUUUCCUUCACCACACCAUUCCUGCAGACUGGGAUUGGGAUCUUGCUUCGAAAAGACACCAUUUCUCAGGAGCUGUCCUUCUUCCACUUCCUGGCUCCUUUCAGUAAGGAGAUCUGGACUGGCCUUUUAUUUGCUUAUGUGCUGACGUGCUUCUGCCUCUUUCUUGUUGCCAGACUGAGCCCCUGUGAAUGGAAUGAGCCAAAGAAUGAAGAGAACCACUUUACCUUCUUAAAUAGCCUCUGGUUUGGAGCAGGAGCACUUGCCCUGCAAGGUGUCACGCCCCAGCCCAAGGCGCUCUCCGUGCGAGUCAUCGCUGCCAUCUGGUGGCUCUUCACCAUCGCCCUGCUGGCCGCCUACAUCGCCAACUUCACAGCCCUGCUGAGCUCGGGCACUGAGCAGCUCCCCAUCCAGACCUUUGAAGAUCUUGUGAAGCAAAGAAAGAUCGAGUUUGGCACCCUGGAGGGCUCCUCUACGUUCUACUACUUCAAGAACUCCAAGAAUCCCAUCCAUCAGAUGAUCUAUGAGUACAUGGACAAGAGACGAGACCACGUGUUGGUCAAGACCUACCAGGAAGCGGUUCAGCGCGUGAUGGAGUCAGACUAUGCCUUCAUUGGGGAGUCCAUCUCUCAGGACCUGGCAGCUGCCAGACACUGCAACCUGAUCAGGGCCCCUGAAGUCAUCGGAGCCAGAGGAUUUGGCAUUGCUGCCACCCAGGCAUCCCCGUGGAUCAAGCAGCUCUCUGUCGCUAUCCUCAAGCUGCGGGAAUCGGGUGACCUGGACUACCUGCGUAACAAGUGGUGGGAGAGCAGCUGCCUGCACAGGAGCAGGGACCGCUGGAGCCCCCUGCAGCCCCAGGCGCUGGGCGGGCUCUUCCUCACUCUGGCCAUCGGCCUGGCCCUGGGGGUGAUUGCAGCUCUGGUGGAGCUCUCCAGCAAGAGCAGACACGCUGCUGCACAUGCAAAGAAAUCUUGUUGCUCUGUGUUCACAGAAGAAAUGUGCACUCGUCUGCGUAUAAAAGAAAACACAAGACAGAGCCAGGAGACUUCAGGGAGGGCCAAUCCUUAAGAAUUUUUUU